AUGGAUUCUUCAGCUGUUGUUGGAGAUCAGCCUCUUUUUAAUGAAUCAGCAAAUGUGCCUGACGUAACUGCAGUUACUAUUUCGUAUCUAUUAUGUAUUUUUGGUAGUUUUUUGUCAGUUCUCAUAAUGUUUGGAAACCUACUUGUAAUAAUCUCUAUAGCUUACUUCAAACAGCUCCACACUCCUACAAACUACUUGAUGCUCUCUCUGGCUGUGGCUGACCUGCUAGUUGGACUUUUCAUCUUGCCUUUCAGUGUCAUGCUCUUUGUCAGCUCAUAUCAGCAUCUGCAUGGUUUACUUUGUAAGGUACGAGGCAGUUUAGAUGUGAUAUUGGUCACUUCUUCCAUUUGGAGCUUGUGCUGCAUUUCUCUUGACAGAUAUUACGCAGUGUGUCAGCCUCUGAGAUACAGAACUAAAAUAAAUGUCCGUGUCGUUUGGAUCAUGAUUCUGGUGUCCUGGACUAUUUCCACUCUAAAUGGAAUUAUUUUCACUUUAAUGGCCCCGGACAAAGGACAAGAAAAUAAGUGUGCUGCAUUUCAAGCUAAAUCAGAGAGUAUUACAGUAUGUGCAUCUGUUCUGUUUACGUUUGGCUUCCCAGCUGUAACAAUGUUUUCAAUCUACCUUAAGAUUUUGAUGGUGGCACAGAAACAGGCACGUAUCAUUGUUAGCAUGGAUAAAUCUAAUGCAAAUGUCAGUAAAAUGGAGAGAAAGGCGACAAAAACUCUCGCUAUUGUGGUGGGGGUUUUUCUCAUGAGUUGGACGCCUUACUUUCUGUCUAUCAGCUUUCAUCCUUUGAGCAAUUAUGCAAUACCACUUCAUGUACUUCAGUCAUUUAAGUGGCUUGGAUGGUCAAAUUCAAUGUUUAAUCCAUUUGUUUAUGCUUUUUUUUACAGCUGGUUUCGAUCAGCUUUCAGGAUGAUCAUUACAGGGAAAAUAUUUACAGAUGACAUUUCUAAUUCUAAACUCUUUUGA